AUUGAACNUACCCUGUGGACUGUAGCAUUGGUUUAUGGUUUCUUUAAGCAGGCCUCUCUUUCUGAAUCUGGGCGGGAUUUUAAGAUCACUCUUAUUGCUAGGCGUUCCCGUCAUAAUGCUGGAACCAGGUACUUGAAGCGAGGAGUAAACAGAAAUGGCAAUGUUGCCAAUGAUGUCGAGACCGAGCAGAUAGUGUCCGAAGAUGUUCCUGAAGACCACCCUAUGCAAGUGAGUUCUGUUGUGCAGAAUCGUGGCUCAAUCCCUCUUUUCUGGUCACAAGAGACCUCACGACUGAAUCUAAAGCCGGACAUAGUCUUGUCAAAAACGGAACCAAACUAUGAGGCGACUAGACUUCACUUUGAUAACCUUGUAGAACGAUAUGGAAACCCUAUCAUUAUUCUGAACUUGAUCAAGACAAAAGAGAAGAGACCUAGAGAGUCAAUCCUCCGAGAAGAGUUUGUUAAUGCAAUUGACUUUAUAAACAAAGAUUUACCUGAGGAAAAUCGUUUGCGAUUUCUCCACUGGGACCUGCACAAACAUUUUCGGAGCAAAACAACAAAUGUCUUGGCACUCCUCGGCAAAGUAGCUGCCUGUGCAUUGAUGCUAACAGGUUUAUUUUACUAUCAAGUCACACCAGCCAUGAAGAUUGAGGGUUACAUGAGCUUGUCUUCUUCUUCUGAGUAAGUCCUCUAGCUUGAAUUCUUCCAUCACUUGUUUAUAUCAU